UCGAAGUUUUUACCAAGUCGGAGUGCUAUUUGCGAAAGUGCAGUUUGUUCGCCUGGAGUGAUUUUCCUGCUCAUCCCGCUCGGUUGUCAAUUGCCGAGACUCGCGCGCAACAAUAAUUGGCAAAAAUCAGCCAUCGCCAAAUUGGUUCGCUUCAGCAAAUAUUUGCCAUCACCAUCAACGGCAAUAUCCAUCAUCAGAUAGCGCCCCCCUAUUCACCCAAGAAUCCGGAUUUUUCUACCGUCGGAGUGUGGACUUGGAAACCUCAAGUUUAAUUACCGUGACCGAGUUGCAGAGCUACGCUACGGGUCGAUUCGGUGUUUGGUUGCUCCCCGAUUGACGUCGCCAUCUUUUUCCUAAGGAGGACCACGUGCUCGAGUCAAUUAACAGGCACUCAGGAAAAAAUUUUGAUAAAAAAAAAAACAAUUCGCAUCAAAUUAACAAAAGUCCUUAAUAUUGCUGCUCAAUAUUAGAGCUAAAAUUUAAAACUUCAAUCAUGCUUAAGAGCAUGCUUUCAACGGUUUCCAAUCAUGCCGGAUUUUUCGCCAUCAGUCUACGCUAUUUCAGCUCAAAACCGGACCCGAGACAGGCGGAACUGAUGGCACGGAGUCUUCCGAAACGGAAACCGUUGCCGGGGGUCCGAGAUAUAGUGGUGGUUUCGUCGGGAAAAGGUGGUGUCGGAAAGACCACGACCGCAGUUAAUUUAGCGGUCAGUUUGGCCAGCCAGGGUCAGAACGUUGGCCUGAUGGAUGGGGACAUAUUCGGUCCCUCGGUUCCGCUAAUGAUGAACAUUACAGAAUCGCCGCUGGUGGACGACCACAACCGGAUGAUUCCACUGGUUAACUUUGGAGUUAAAUGCAUCUCCAUGGGAAUGUUGAGAGAGUCAGGACCAGUCGUCUGGCGGGGUCCUUUGGUGAUGUCUGCCAUCCAGCGACUGCUACUGGGAACUGUUUGGGAUCCGCUGGAUAUCCUCGUAGUUGACACUCCACCUGGUACAGGUGAUGUUCACUUGUCGUUAAGUCAAAAUGUCCCCAUUUCGGGAGUCGUUCUGGUGAGCACUCCGCAAAUAGCUGCCCUGGAGGUGACUCGAAAAGGUGCCGAGAUGUAUCGAACGUUAAAAGUACCGCUUAUUGGCUUGGUCGAGAAUAUGAGCCACGUAAUCUGUGAUAAAUGCGACAAUGUUAUAGAGCUAGCGGAUCGAACGACUCAACGAUACGCUGAUGAGCAGAGUGUGGAUAUCCUCGAAAGUAUACCGAUAGAAAAACGGAUUAUGCAAUGCGGCGAUAGUGGAACGCCAAGUUGCCUGAAGUUUCCCGAUUCACACCUGGCAAGCAAGUAUCGCACAAUAGGCGAGAAGGUGAUUAAGUUUUUAGAGAAUAAACGCCCAGAAAAUUGACAAAACAUGAUUUUAUGUCCCGUAGGCCUUACAAUGCGACCCAAUUGACUUGAGGCGUCUCAUUAAGAUUACUGCGGGCGAGCCGGAGUACCAGGUUGAGUCGUCGAGAAUAAACCCGGGAGAGGUUGAGGACCAUAGUCAGUUGUCGAAAUAUCAUCAUGGAAAUUGAAAAUGUAGGAACCUCUGAUAGGUUUGAAAAUGAUAAAAAUAAAAUUACUCUGUUCAGCUCCUGAAUUUGUCGAUCAGUCAUCGACAGUUUG